AUGGGCGCAUCGCUAACCUCGCCGCGGGCAGUACAUGAAACUCUACACAAGGCUGUCAGCUUCAACGCUGCACACUUACUGGGAGAGGACCUGUACAAGCUGCUCAAUGAGUAUUUGGCACAGCAUCUGACGGGUCUUGUGGAGGAAUCGAAGAGUCACACUGAAGAGGCUCUUCUAGCCUUCUACAUUCGGGAGUGGAAUCGUUACACCAACGCCGCAAAGUACAUUCACCAUAUCUUCGGGUACCUGAACCGCCACUGGGUAAAGCGGGAGAUGGACGAGGGCAAGAAGUCGGUGUACGAUGUCUACACCCUGCACCUCGUCAAAUGGCGCGAUGUCCUCUUUCACCAAGUUGUCCACAAAGUCAUGGACUCGGUCCUUAAACUGGUGGAGAAGCACCGCAACGGCGAAACCAUCGAAUACAACCAGAUCAAACUGGUUGUCGACUCCUUCAUCUCCUUGGGACUCGACGAGAACGACUCCCACAAGCCCACGCUCAACGUCUAUCGCUUCCAUUUCGAGAAGCCAUUCCUUGAGGCGACCAAAGUAUUUUACACGAACGAGAGCAAGCAGUUCCUUGCCGAGAACAGCGUUGUUGAGUUCAUGAAGAAAGCCGAGGCACGUCUGGAGGAGGAGGAAAACCGAGUGCAGCUAUACUUGAUCGGGGACAUAAUUAUCCAGCUCAAGAAGGCUUGUAACCAGGUGCUCAUUGAGGACCACAGCAAUCUGCUCCGCGACGAGUUUCAGGUUCUCCUUGAUAAUGACAGGGAGGAAGACAUGGCGCGCAUGUACAGUUUGCUUUCGCGCAUUGCUGGUGGCCUCGACCCCUUGCGGGCCAAAUUCGAAAAUCACGUUCGCAAGGCCGGAUUGGCUGCUGUCGCCAAGGUGGCCUCCGAUGCCGACAAGUUGGAGCCCAAGGUCUACGUGGAUGCGCUACUUGAGAUUCACACGCAGUAUCAAGGCUUGGUCAAGCGCGCGUUCAACGAUGAGGCCGAGUUUACAAGAUCCCUCGAUAACGCGUGCAGGGAAUUCGUCAACCGCAAUGAAGUCUGCAAGUCUGGAUCCAACAAGUCGCCGGAGCUCCUGGCCAAGUAUACCGAUAUCCUUUUGCGCAAGAGCAGCACUGGUGUGGAAGAUGGUGCUCUGGAGGAGACUUUGGCGCAGAUCAUGACUGUGUUCAAAUACAUUGAGGACAAAGAUGUCUUUCAAAAGUUCUACUCUCGCAUGUUGGCUCGCCGGUUGGUUCACAGCAACUCGUCGUCCGAUGACGCCGAGACUAGCAUGAUCAGCAAGCUCAAGGAGGCGUGCGGAUUCGAGUACACCAGCAAGCUGCAGCGCAUGUUCCAGGAUAUGCAGAUCUCCAAAGAUCUGAAUACUGGCUUCAAGGGGCACGUACAGGCCAGCAUCGAGGGCAAGAACUUGGACUCUACCUACUCGGUACUGGGCACAGGUUUCUGGCCCCUGACUGCCCCGGGGACAAACUUCAACCCACCGGAGGAAAUUGCGCAAGAUUGCGAGCGCUUCACACGUUUCUAUAAGCACAAGCACGAUGGCCGGAAGCUCACCUGGUUGUGGCAGCUUUGCAAGGGAGACAUCAAGGCGAACUAUGUUCGAAACGCCAAGAUGCCAUACACAUUUUCAGUAUCUGUGUAUCAGAUGGCCAUCUUGCUUCUGUUCAACGAAAAGCUUCAAAACACGUAUGAGGAAAUUGCGCAAACAACUCAGCUCAACAGCGAAUCUCUGGAUCCAGCGCUCCUGGUCUGCCUCAAAGCCAAGGUCCUGACCUGUGAUUCUGGUGCCAAGGUGGGGCCUGGCAAUACGUAUUCUCUGAACCUCGACUUCAAGAACAAGAAGUACAGGGUCAAUCUGAACGUUGGCAUGAAGAGCGAGACGAAGCAGGAGGAGGCAGAGACGAACAAGACGAUUGAAGAAGACAGGAAACUGUUGCUUCAGUCUGCCAUUGUCCGCAUCAUGAAGGCCCGCAAGAAGAUGAAGCACCAGCAGCUCGUUUCCGAAACCAUUAACCAAAUCCGGUCCCGUUUUGUGCCCAAGGUUGCCGAUAUCAAGAAGUGUAUCGAGAUUUUGCUCGACAAGGAGUACCUCGAGCGCUUGGAGGACGAUGAGCUCGGUUAUCUGGCGUAA